AGUCGCCGUCGAGUGUUCAUCCGGCGAUAGGACACAGUGGAACACGGCUUCGUGCACCCGGUGGUAAAGCGCGACCUGCAACCUUUAGCAAAGCCAGUUCUCGGAAUAGCCUCCGCAGCACCCCCACUCCUCAUCCUACCCCCUGGAAUUCUACCCAUGUGUACGGAUCCCUCCAGUGACAGGCUGCUCCCGGGCACACACCCCUCUCCCAGCCUCAUCCCAGGCUAACUUCAAACUCAAAACUUCCAAAUACCACUGACAGCUGAGAAGAAAAAGAAAUAUAUCCUUAUGCCUAUAUUCAGUGAUAACCCUAAAAGGUUCCAUGAAACACUGGUUGGGAAGAUGUGUUCGUUUCCUAUUUGUUAGUGUAUAUAUAAGUAAUUUUAAAAUUAGUUGGGCUUCAAAACCUUUUAAAUGUGAGUAGGACAUCUGAAAGGAUAUUAAGAUUUUAUUUGUGCUACAUUGCACCAUCACAUUGUAAUAAAUAACAUAUCCUUUUCUAAUUGGAUAUUUUGAAAAUAGUGACACAUAUCCCUUGGACUUGUUUGAUGUUUCCUGUGGAUCGUGAUUAUGACAAUAAUAUUGAUGUUUGCAGUUUAGUAAUAUACCCUCAAAUAGUUUAUAGGCUUUUAAAAAGUAUUUUGUUGUCAAAUGAAUUCAUAUUUAGAAUAGGGUAAUCAAGUUUUUUAUUUCUUUCUCUUGCAGUUUUUGAAUUAAAACUAGACAGGACAGAAUUUUAACACUUAUCUUUGCAGAUAAAAUAUAUGAUUGGUUUUGUGAAUUUAUGAAUGGCAACAGAGUUUCAGAUCUUUAUUAAAUACAUUUGUUGUUGGGUUUAAGCAUCUGUGACAUUAUUGCUAUUUCCUGCUGCCAAGGAUAUUCUUUUAUUGGUUAUUUUUCUAUCCCUAAUGUUGCCUUAAUUUUUUAAAGUUUUAUUUUAUAUCUUUAUCACCUCCUUCAACCAUAGUAUUAUUUUUCUUUUGACAACAGGCAAAAACCUAUUCUCCAUAGAGAGUGAGAAGCAUUGAUUUUUAUCUGCAUUUAGCCUUGGAUCCAGUCUACGUUUUCCCUUGUGGAGACCACCCUUAAUUCUCAUUUUACAGACUAGACCCCCUGAAAGCUAACUUUACUUUUUCUUGUGAAUUUGUGUGUGCUACAAAUUUGCUGGUGAUUUUUUUUUUUCUCCCUGUGUCUGAAUCAGAGAUCUAAAUUAUUAGCUUGUUCUCUUUUACUGCAGAAUUUAUACAGCUGUUGUGACACUUGUCUGUCUAGGGUAUAUUCUGUUAGUUAUUUUAUGUCUGGUUGCAUGCGGUUGUCAUGAUAGUUGUCAAAAAUUCUAGUUAUUAAUAACAGGGUUGGCUAUUAUACCUGUUUUCUUCUUUUAUAUUUUUAGUCUAGAUUUUACAAACAUAAAGUAUUGCCAGAAUCAUUGAUAUACAUACUUAUAUUACUAGUUAGUGUAAUUUUCCUUCUUUUAGUAAUUGGUAGAUCCUGUAAGGAAGCUUUUCUUAUCUGUGGUUCUAUAGACUGUAUUAAAUUGCACACUAACUACAUUUUCCUCCAUACUACACACACUUUUUUGCAUUGUGAAGGGCAUUUUGCCCACUUUUUCGUAUGAAGCACCAUGUCCAAGACUCUAAAGAAGAAAAAGCAUUGGUUGAGUAAAGUCCAAGAAUGUGGUCUCUCUGGGGUUGGUGGAGACCCCAGUUCCCUUCUGGAGAUUCGUGGAGGUGCAGAACAUGGGGAGUUCCCUUAUUUGGGUCGCCUAAGAGAGGACGCUUCCAGCUACAUCGCAGGCAAAGUGCCUAGCCAAGGGGAUGUGCUGUUGGAAGUAAAUGGAACACCAGUUAGUGGACUCACACACAGAGACACACUUGCUGUGAUUAGGCACUUCAGGGAACCUAUACGUCUGAAAACCGUUAAACCUGGCAAAGUAAUCAACAAAGACCUACGUCAUUACCUGAGCCUCCAGUUCCAGAAGGGAUCCAUAGAUCACAAACUCCAACAAGUAAUUAGAGACAAUCUCUACCUGAGAACAAUACCUUGUACCACUCGUUCUCCACGAGAUGCAGAAGUCCCAGGAGUUGAUUAUAAUUUCAUUACGGUUGAGCAAUUCAAAGCUCUAGAGGACAGCGGAGUAUUACUGGAAAGUGGCACAUAUGAUGGUAAUUUCUAUGGCACACCGAAACCUCCAGCUGAGCCAAGUCCUUUCCAACCUGACCCAGUUGAUCAAGCACUAUUUGAUGGUGACUUUGACACUGAGAACCAGAGGAAAAGAACCACAUCAGUCAGCAAGAUGGAACGUACAGACUCAUCCUUUCCAGAGGAAGAAUAUGAGGAAGAGAGGGAGGCAGUGAAUGGCAGCAGUGGAAGUUCAGAGCAUAGAGACCGACUGGAGCUAUCAGACUGGGGAAAAGCUGUACCAAGUUACAAUCAAACCAACAGCUCUAUGGACUUUAGAAACUACUUAACUAGAGAUGACAAUCUAGAACCCCUUCCAAAGAACUGGGAAAUGGCAUACACUGAAGCAGGGAUGAUCUACUUUAUAGAUCACAACACCAAAACAACCACAUGGUUAGACCCUCGACUCUGCAAGAAAGCCAAAGCUCCAGAAGAUUGUGAUGAUGGAGAACUUCCAUAUGGUUGGGAGAAGAUUGAGGAUCCACAGUAUGGAACCUAUUAUGUAGAUCACAUCAACCAAAAAACGCAGUUUGAAAACCCGGUGCUCGAAGCCAAGAGGAAAAAACAGCUCGGACAACUGAAUCUGACUCCAGUUGAUGGAAACCUACUUACAGACCCUGAAAAGUCUCCUUUUACAAGAGAUCCAGCCCAGCUUAAAGGAGCCCUACUGCGCACAGCUCUAAAGAAAAGUUCCAUGGGUUUUGGGUUCACAAUCAUUGGAGGGGACAGACCGGAUGAGUUCCUGCAGGUGAAAAAUGUACUGAAAGAUGGACCAGCUGCACUAGAUGGGAAAAUUGCACCAGGUGAUGUAAUUGUGGACAUCAAUGGAACUUGUGUACUUGGUCAUACACAUGCUGAAGUGGUACAGAUGUUCCAGCUUAUUCCCAUCAACCAGUAUGUGAAUAUGACUCUGUGUCGAGGCUACCCCCUUCCUGAAGACACUGAUGAUCCUGUUGAUGAUAUUGUGAACACAGUUCCUCCAGUUAUAAAUGGACAGAUGGUGAACCAAGGAGACAUUAACAUGGGAAGCCAGGAAUUAAAAUCUGGGGUAGUCAUUUUGGACCAGAAUGGAAAACCAGGUCAUGUGUUAGUAAAUGGAAGGUUAAAUGGGCCUUCUUUGGAAUUACAGGAUCAAAGGACAUCUUUAGCUUCCUCUGGGAACUCUCAGCCUGAGCUUGUGACCAUUCCAUUGCUAAAGGGUCCUAAGGGCUUUGGGUUUGCCAUAGCGGACAGCCCUAUGGGACAGAAGGUCAAAAUGAUCUUGGACAGCCACUGGUGUCCUGGACUACAGAAAGGAGAUGUCAUCAAGGAGAUCUACCAUCAGAAUGUGCAGAACUUAACACACAUUCAAGUGGUUGAAGUCCUAAAGCAGUUUCCAAUGGGAGCUGAAGUGCCAUUACUCAUCUUAAGAGGAGGUCCUCCAUCCCCUGCAAAAGUAUCAAAAGUGAAAUCUGAUAAACAAGACCUGGUGGGAAGUCUUGAAGCUAUUUGCCCAACUGAACCCCUUCCACAACCACUGCCCUUUCCCUCCAAUCUUGCUCGAUCAAACUCUCCAAAACUCGAUCCUUCAGAGGUCUACAAGAAGUCAAAGAAUAUAUUUGAAGAUAAACCUCCCAAUACAAAGGACUUGGAUGUUUUCCUGCGGAAACAAGAAUCUGGCUUUGGAUUCAGGGUCCUUGGAGGAGAUGGACCGGAUCAAGCAAUAUAUAUUGGAGCAAUCAUCCCAUUAGGUGCAGCAGAGAAGGAUGGACGACUGCGUGCUGCUGAUGAGCUGAUUUGUAUAGACGGAGUACCAGUCAAGGGAAAGUCCCACAAGCAGGUCCUAGAUUUAAUGACGAACGCAGCUCGAAAUGGCCAUGUACUGCUCACAGUUCGGAGGCAGAUUUAUUAUUCAGAUAAGCAGCAGGAAGACGAGGAAAGCCAGCACAUUCCCACUGCUCUGAACGGUUCUCCAAGGCUGAACAGAAUAGAGCUUGUCAAUAUCCCAAAGCCACCUGCAGAGGCCUAUGAUGUUGUCUUACAACGCAAGGAAAAUGAAGGAUUUGGGUUUGUCAUUUUGACCUCGAAAAAUAAGCCCCCUCCAGGAGUGAUUCCUCACAAAAUUGGGCGUGUGAUUGAGGGUAGCCCUGCUGAUCGGUGCAGAAAGCUUAAAGUGGGUGACAGGAUAUCUGCUGUGAAUGGACAGUCUAUCGUGGAGCUAUCCCAUGAUAACAUUGUACAGCUUAUAAAGGAUGCUGGGAAUACAGUAACUCUCACUGUGAUUGCAGAAGAAGAACACCGAGGCCCUUCAUCUGGUUCAAACUCUGCAAGACAGAGCCCAGCUCCGCAACACCGAGCUAUGGGUCAAACUCAGCCCAACUAUGGGACGUUAGAAAGAACCACCUUAGAUCCAGAUGACUUAAAAGGAGACCUCUCUGCUGCUUACAGGUCUUCAUGGUCUGAUACUGGUCUACCGUUGCCUACAGGAAGCAGGCAAUUACAGAGUGUGGGCUGCUAUCCUGUAGAACUUGAAAGAGGUCCUAGGGGCUUUGGCUUCAGUCUUCGAGGAGGAAAAGAGUAUAACAUGGGUCUGUUUAUCCUUCGUCUUGCAGAAGAUGGUCCAGCUAUCAAAGAUGGACGUAUUCACGUUGGAGAUCAGAUAGUGGAAAUCAACGGAGAGCCAACGCAGGGCAUCACUCAUACUCGUGCUAUUGAGCUGAUUCAAGCAGGGGGCACUAAGGUUCUUCUGCUUCUGAGACCAGGAACAGGACUAAUACCAGACUACAAUGAUCCAGAUCAUUCUCCAUCAACAAGUGUAAUAUAUGAAGAUCUCCCGCAAUAUGCAUCCUCUUCAAAUUCCAAUCCCAUACCUGGAGGUUCUCAUUUGCCACUAUCAGAUAUGAAUACAUUGUCAGUUGAGGAAAUAAUUUUGCCAAAAGACACACCACAAAGCAAAGAUGACACUACAUCACCCAUUAUUACCACUUCAGAGAAUAAAAAAAAUAAUCAGAACAAUGCUAUGUAUAACAAAGAUCCACAUAGAGAUAGGUCUGUAAGCCCCAGGGAUUCCAGUAAAAACAACCAGCUUGAGGUUCCAAAGGAAAGCAGCUCAAGGAGAGGUCGAUCUGUUAGCCCAAAAAAGUUGGACAGCAGAAGCCCGAAGGAAUAUUCUAACAGAACCCAGAGUCCUAAAAAGACAGACUCUUCAAAGAAUCUUAAAGAAUCCAGGGGCAGAUCAGUGAGCCCACGGAAGCCACUGAGUAAAAACACUCAGGGUGUUACUGAUGCUGGUGCUCCUGUAAAAGACCAGAUCAGGGAACACAGAGGAAGAUCUGCUAGCCCAAAAAAGACUUAUAAGAAAGAGGCAAGAGAGAAAACAUAUCCAGAUGAAAAGGAAAUUACACAAAAUUCUCAAAGCCGAAAUAAGUAUUCUGUCAAGCCUGAAAAUAUUGACCACAUGAGGGAACGUAAAGAAAUUGAUAAACUGAAGCGAGAACAUAAGGGUGAAAAAUCAAAGACAGAUGAAAAGCAUGAGAAAUGUAAAGGUGAAGAAAGAGAAAACAAAAUCAAGAGACUGGAAAAAGAUGAUAAAUCCAGGAGAGAAGAAAGAGAAGAAAAACCCAAAAGAGAAGAAAAAGGUGAAAAAUCAAAGAGGGAAGAAAGAGAUGAUAAAUUCAGGAAGGACGAAAAAGAUGAGAAAUUCAGGCGGGAGGAAAGAGAUGAAAAAUACAAAAGAGAUGAGAAAAACAGAAAAGAAGAAAGAGAGCAGAAAUACAGAAGAGACGAUAGAGAUGAGAAACUCCGGAGAAAAGAGAAAGAUGAGAAAACCAGGUUGGAAGAGCGAGAUGAGAAAAUCAGGCGGGAAGAACGUGAUCAGAAAUCUAGAAGGGAAGAACGAGAUCAAAAAUCAAGAAGAGAACAAGAUGAAAAACCAAGGAGGGAAGUACGAACUGAGAAAAAAAAUGAUGAGAAAUCAAAGAGAGAAGAAAAGUCCAAUUAUCUAGAAACAAAUGAGAAGAGAUCUCCAGACCAGAAGAAGAACCUAAAGCUGAAUGAAAAAUCUCAGUCUUCAAAUAACAUAGGUGAGCAGAAGAAACAUGAGACAGAAAAAUCCAAAAAGACACAUGAAACUGUUCUGACCACCCAAAAGCCAGAAGAGAAGAACCCAUCUGGAGAUGCUACUGUAUCAAACAAAGAACCACAAAACAAAAAAAACAUAUCUGAGGCUGCAGAGAAAACCAAAGAAGGUGUGUCAAAGACGGGAGCAAAGAAAACCCAUAUCACCCCAGGACCUUGGAAAGUGCCUGGAACAGAGAAAGUCACUGAUGACACGUUGAAUAUAUAAUUACAGACUUUGUGUUCAGUUUUUUUAAAUACAGUGUUUUUUGUCACCUAAUUUAAAGGUGAACAGGCUCCAACCUAUAUAAUCAUUCCUGCAUGAAGGAUUUUUGGGACUUGCUUGCAAUGAACGGUCUUCCACAAGUGUGUGAUACUUGCAACCCUGUGAAACUUUUCUGCUGCUCUUUUAAUUCUCUGCUGCUAAGACUUGAAGAGUAUAGAACCGAAUUUUAAGGAUCUUGAACACAGUUCUUUAUCAUUGUGAUCAUAAUUUCUCUUUUUUUUUCCUUUGUGUUCAACAUAUGUAUGUUUUCAAAUCCAACCAAAAAGCCCUGUAAAUCAUGAGCUAUUUGAAUAGCAUGUUGCAUGAUAACAUUAUGUAACAACAAAAUACAGGUUUGCACAAGUCAUAGCAAGAAAGGACAGAUUCAACAAAUGACUAAACACUGAUGUUUUAUAUAUUAACAUUAUGAUAUUAAUUUCACAAAUCAGAGACUUAAUUGAAAGCACUAGGUGCAAGCAUGAAAACUGUAUUGGGGAAAGGGCAAAAUAAUGGUUUUAGACUUCUCUUAGUGUGUUUUGCUCCACAAUUAACAUAUUUAAUUAGCUAUUUAGUUUUUGUAUAUUACUGUAUGAUUUACACUCAAUCUCUAACAAAGGCAGAAUUGUAUUUUUGGCUGGUUAGUUAUGCACAUACCAUGUAGAUGUAGAUAGAGAAGAAAGGUUUGCCAAGUGAGGCAAAAUAUACCCAUUUUGAUUGGUAGAACAGUGCAACCCAAAAUUACAUUCACCUUAUAUGAUUCCUUCCCUUGGUAGUGCUGAAUGUAGCGCCACAUAAAUGGUUACAAUUUGUAAACUGAUUGCACAUAAAUAAAUAUGGAAGGAAUAAAAGAGAAAAAAAUAUGUGGUUAAAUAUAAAAUUCUAUAUUUUAGCAGCUAUUUCAAAAAUAUAUAUUUUGCAUAACUUAGCUACUUAUAUUUAAAGAAUACAGCUUUUCACAAAUCAAAAAUGCAUUUUUUAUAUUGAUAUUUGUUUUGGUCAUUAUGAAAUGAUGUUUUUAUCAGUAUGUCCUUUGCAGUGCAGAUAUCUUCUAAUACAAAGUAAUUACGAGCAGGAAUAAAAUGUGUAUCAUGAACUAAAUACAGCAGAAAAAAAAAUACCAAGCAAUUUUUAGCAAUAGUGAAAUUUCUAUAUCAGUAGCUGAAAAAAUAUAUUGGGCUGGAUGACAAGUGGAGCGCUAAAUUAUCGCACGCCAGCAAACGGGCAAAUGUGCCAGUUUGUGGGGGCACAAUAAAUACCCAGCCAUUACAAGUGGGCCGUGGCUGGUUAUUGCUACCUCAAAGUAGCAAUUAGCUCUCUGAAAAUUAACCGGAGGUCAAACCUCUGGUUAAAUUUCUAAAUGUCCCCCAAAUGCCCCCAAACUUAUGUGUCUGUUUUCUUUUUUUUAUUAUUUUUUUUAUUUUAAAUGUAGCAGGAAAAAAAACGCACAUAGCAGUGUUCCCUGUAAAUAUAUAUGUAUAUGCUUAUAUACAUUACAUAUAUAUUUGUUUAUAUAUAUAUAUAUAUAUAUAUAUAUAUAUAUAUAUAUAUAUAUAUAUUUGUUUUAAUAUGUGUAUAUACACAUAUUAACACAUAAAUAUAUAUGUAUAUAAGCAUAUACAUGUAUGUUUACAUUUGCUGCAUGACUUACAUUUUUGUUCUCACGGCAUGAGAAUGAGGCUCCCAUUGGAGCCUAUGAAAGUGCGCUCUCGUGAGCGCAAUGCUUCUGUGCAAUGGGAAUGCGAGGUUGCGUUCCCAUUGCACCUCACCUGUAAUACCAGCUCACAUUUGCGCACGCUGGUAUUACAAAGUAGAGCGAUAUUUUGCGCUCCAUUUAUAAUCUGGCACAUUAUGUUAAAUUAUCCUGGAUCAUUGAAAUUUCUUCUGAAGAACAUCAGACAAUUUGACCAAUAAAUAUUUUUCCUUUUUAAAAUGUGCGUACAAAUUAAUAAGCACUGUAAUAAAGAAAAAAAUUCUAAAAGUUAGUUUUUUAUAGUUAACCUUAAUAUAUAAUCCAGAGCCCAAAAAAAUGAGUGAUGAGUGAUGGAUAUUCUAUAUGUUAUAAAAUCACACAACGGUAAUAACUGUGUAUCAUCAAUAUGGAACAGAUACCAAACAAGUCUCUUACAAAGGCAAGUGCAAUAGAUUUGUUUUUAUUUUUAAAGGUCUGUCAACAGUUACAGAAUUAGAUUUCUGAAUUCAGACAGUAAUCAAUAUUUGUUUUGACUUCUCCAAAAUUUAGAAACCAGUUAAUACUGUUGUACAGAAAUUGUUCUUCCCAAUGUAAUGUUAUCCCAAAAUAAAUAUAUUCAUUUAAUGCAAGUCUUCUUAGAUGUCAGAAACACACAAUAGAAGACGGAGCGGCCAAUAAAAAUCACCUUAGUAAGAAACUACAGUAUUGGUUAUUUUAUGCUAAACGUUCAGACAACCAUUUUGCGUUAAUAGAUUUUAUAGUACUUUAGCUACAGCUGUAUUGCUCUGGUUUGCUUGUAAAUGUUGAUUUGUCACAUGUUGAUUUUUUUUUAUACAAAAUAUAAAACAGGGAUAUGCCAAGUUGCUGUCCCCUGUGGCGGCAAAAAUAUUAACCCCUGUCCAACUAAUAACUGUGAUUUGAUGUUUUCUGUUGAACAUACUGUGAUCUCAUUUGGUGGUACCUGUGAAAUGUUAAUCUUAGUUGUCAUCUGAACAUUUAUUUUUCUUCUAACUUCUCUUUUAAAAAUGUUGCCUUGAAUCGUUAAAGGAUUUAUGAUUUGAUUUACUGGUUGUAAAUGUUUAUAUAUUGUACAGCACCUAUAAAUAUAUAUACAUAUAUCUUUCCAAAGUAUAGAAUAGACCUGUAAAGCAGUUAUUAUUUUUUAUAUAAAUAUAUAAAUAUAUAUAUAUGAACAAUUCAGUCAAUGGCCUUCAGUUCUUGCACUGUAAAAUAAGAAAAUGCUGUAUAAUUUUGUUUUAUUUUCCAAUAAUGCAUUGUAUAAUGUAUGUGUUAAGCAAAAGCAUCCUUCAGAAUUAAUAACUAUUUUGCAUUAAAAUGAAUACAUUCA